AAACCAACACAUAUAACUGCGGAAAUAUUAAAACAUUCUAUGUCAGAAAGUGCAAAUUUAAAUUUUGUGCAUUUUUUUCACAAUUUUGGAUAUGUACUUGAAGAAACAUAGGUACCUAAAAUUUCGUAGAAAUCUGUAGUGAAUUUUCGAAGAAUUCAACAUGACGGAUGUACAAAAUUUUUACGCAGGUAAAACUAUUCUUAUUACUGGAGUAACAGGAUACCUUGGACAGAUGCUGCUUUGGAAAUUAUUAUGCUCAUGUCCAGAUAUUCGCUGCAUUUAUGUAUUAAUCCGAGAAAAAAGUGGAAAACUGAUGCAUGAAAGGUUGAAAAACAUGUUCGACGAUCCGAUCUUCGACCAGGUCAAAGAAUUACAUUCAGAUUUUGAAACCAAAGUCAAACCAAUGAAAGGAGAUACCUCUGAGAGUGAUCUUGACAUUUCUACUUCAGAUCGAGAUAUUAUAGAACGUGAAGUAGAAAUUGUAUUUCAUCUAGCUGCUACCAUCAGGUUCAACUCUCCCUUGAGAAAAUCGACUUACCUCAAUAUCAGAUCCUUGAAUGUUUUGCUCGACAUAGCGAAGAAUAUGAGACAUUUGAAGGUUUUCGUGCACGUCUCCACUGCCUAUACACCGAUGGUGAAAACAAAACAUAUCGAAGAGAAAUUCUAUGAUCCACCUUUCCAAGCUGAAAAAUUUAUAUCAUUAAUAGAACAUCUUGAUGACGAAAUGUUGGAUGAAAUGACACCAAAAUUUUUGAAAACUUACCCAAAUACGUACGUUUUUACCAAAUUAAUAUCCGAAGAUUUAUGUCGCGAAAAAGGUUCAGAAUUACCAUUAUGCAUUUUUAGACCAGGAAUAAUUACAAACUGUUUCAAAGAACCUGCCCCAGGUUGGAUAAAUAAUUCUUAUGGUAUUAUCAAGUUUCUUUGGGGCCAUGCCGUUGGCAUAUUAAAAGUUGCCAACGCUCAUCCUAACAACAGGACAAGUUUAAUUCCUGGAGAUUACACUACCAAUGCGUUAAUCCUUUCGGCAUACCACACCUGUAAAUCUUGGGAAAAUCGAUCAGCGGAAGGACUAAUGUCCAAUCCAUUAAUAAUUAAUUACACUAGUUGUAGCGGUAGCACCAAAUUUGAACUUACAUGGCGAAAAGUUUUAGAUGAUUUUAGCAAAGUGGCGGAAAAAUAUCCUUUUCCUAAUAUGAUUUCAUUACCGAGGACAAGACUGAUCAGUAAUUCGAUGCUCUGCAGAUUUGUAACUGUUUUUCUUCAUCAAAUUCCUGCCGUAGUUUUGGACACCAUUCUGGUUAUUCUUGGCAAAAACCCCAGAUUUAUAAAAUUGUAUAAAAUCACUCACGAAUAUUUGGAUAUGGUAACACCUUUCACACAGCAAGAUUGGACUAUGGAUAUCCAUAAUAUUAAUGAAAUAAAUGCAGGAUUAUCUGAAACAGAUAAGAAAAUAUUUUAUUGCGACCUGGAUGAUAUAAAUAUUGAUGAAUAUUUCGAAGUACUCGGUCGUGGGAUACGUCUGUAUUGUGCCAAAGAGACAGAGGGCACUGUGCUAAAAGCUAAGAAAAGGAAAAUGAUGUUGCUCAUUCUGCAUUAUGUCGUUGUUGCCCUAAUUAUCCUGAUCUUGAUGUAUUUAUUGAUGAUUUGUUUCAAUUACUUUCGCAUAUUUUAAUCGGUCCAUCAUACGUUCAUUUUUUUCUGAAGAACAUCUGCUGUACAUUUGUAGGCCUAUCUAACACCAAGUAUUGUGAUUACUAUUAUAAUUUUUAUAAUUAAUAAAAUAUUUACUCGCUCGA